GCUUUGCUCUGAUCUGAUCCUUGAAUCCUCCCCUCAUCCUAUCUCUUCCUUACACCAUCUCCUCGUGGCCUACCUGUUCGACCUUACCUCCUUCACUUAGGGCUCGAUCCCUUCACGGCUCGGAUCUUUGCGCUCAAACAGGUGGUUCUAACUUAUUGGGUCCCGCUCACUAGACAGAACAGAUUCCGUCUUCCAGCUCUUUUCGUAGUCUCCUGCGUUCUGCGGCGAUCCCCUACGCAUCAUGUGUCCCAUGAUGCUCAACAGCCUCUCCGACGGCCCGGCCAUGGUCCUGUCCCCUCCCCAGGAACACGCUUUCCUUCAAUAUCCUCAUCAGUCCCGCUUCAACCCUGGCGCUGAUGCACGCAGAGGGCCGGUUUUCGCGAAUGGCACCCAUGCGUUUGCAACUUCCUCCAAUACCUUCACUGCCAGACCCUCCCGCAAGAGGUCGCGAGAUGAUGUCGGGUAUGACGAUGAGGUCCAAAGCUCUGGCGGACCUGUUGUACCAGCGUCAGUUCCUGCGAAACAGGCAGCGGAAACCCCCAUUUACGGCCCGGGUAUGGUUCUGCUGAAUCCUCGUACCAAGAUGGCGAUCUCUGCCGAAAGUCAAACCGGCACGUGGUACGAGGAGACUGCGGAGAAAACUGUCAACAAUUCUGCUCCGGUGUCCUCUCGAUCUCAGAUGCUCCAAUCCGGCACAGCUGAUCCUCUCAGUCGCAAGUCUCAGCGCCUCGAUCCUUCCGCCCCGACUGUGGACGAUAUCACCCUUUCCUCCAUUCAAAGCCGGCUCAACGAUGCCAGCAACCCCGACGACAAUCGCCGCAUUCUCCCCGCAAGCUCGCGCCUUUCUCCGGAGGAGCCCACAGUCGACGACGCUACCCGCAUGUUGGGUAUCAGUUGGCAGCGGAUUGUGACUGAGGACUCGGACAUGGCGGCGGCAGUGCGUGGUUGGAAGAAGUACAUCGAUCGUCAGUUUUCCGCAUACCUCCUGGAUUCUGAAAUCCUCAUGAAGAAUCGAGCAUUGAACGCCUAUCUCGUGACCGCACGCCCGAUCACGCCUCUGGGUCCUGCAUUCGUGCCUGCCUUCUUCCUCUUCAGCGAUGACCUCACCCAGGGUCAACUGGUGGGCUCUAACUGGGACCUUUGCCUCCAGAACCUGCGGUCCAACCCUAUCGUCUUCGAAGGAACCCAGAUUCUCAGCGCCUCCGACCGGCCUGCUCAGAGCCUUCCCUCCGCGGCCUCGCAAAAUCUCCUUGGGGCCACUCAGCAGGAGCCUGGUCUACCUCUCUUGCAGACCCUCUGUGCCCAGCCCGCCAUGGUUGACACCGGCCUUGGUGCUGGAUUGAACAGCAGCGUAGGAAUGGGGACGGGGAUGGAGAUUGACACGUAAAGCCAGCGCAGCAUCCGGUCAGCAACAACGACAACCCCCUGAAAAGUUUGCAUACCAACCGACCGAAAACCGAUUCAACGACCUCGAUAAUCGGCGAACGCAAAAGCACCACCGACUGACUAACCUAAUUCUCAUGUUUUCGGGCAGCACUUGAUAUUCCUCUCUUCG